AUGCCUCGCAAGGAGUUCCAGAGGGACCUCAGUCAAGCCUCAGUGCCGGGGCGAUUUCCCCGUCUGGAAGGGGUUAGGGCGGGCGACGAACAUGGCUCGGUCCUAUAUACCUACAUGGUACCUUUUAGCAAUCAGACGUUUGAUUUUCAGACCUCAAUAUUGGACACUCAUGACUAUCCUGGCCAUCAUACUUAUUUUACAUUUGCCGCGAGCGAUAACGUUCCCGAUGAUGUAUCUAAGGCUAUAGAACGGUUGCAACCGACCGUGGCGAGGUUAACAAUUGGGCCGUUUCUAGAAUGCAUCAGCAACAGCAUAGAUAAUGCUCUGUUGGGGGUAGGUUCUGCCCUGGAUUCGGUCCAUGAGGAUUCUUCUGAAAGUGAGAUUUUCUCUGGUGAUGAUAUGGACUUCAACGUUAGCUCCGACGUUGACUCCGACGGCCAACUUACACCGCCGACGGACAAAGCCAAGGUGAUGAAGCAAAUACGCUCAGACAUGGGCGCUGUAAAAAAGGCUGGGUUUCGAGUUGGCUUCCUUGGAGAGUUAACUGGAUCUCUCAUUGUCUCGAUUUCCUGCCGAAUAGCAAAACUUGGUAUCUCCCAAGUUGCCAUGCAGACUUGGAAUGUCCGCCCUUCGCAGUAUCUAGUGCUGCUUUUGCGAUAUCCUUCAGGGUACUGCAACCUUGACCAAGUAAUUGACAAAUCCAGCCCGACAGCACCGUUGAUUCAGAUGCAUGUUGGUCUCUGCGAUUCAUACAAGCCUAGCUCGAUUUCUGCUAUGCAAGCUUUUCUUUCGACGAACGCUAAAACCCCCGGAAAUGCCAAGAAGGUGGAACCAGAGUUGCAACCCUUCUUCAUUGGCGACUCACUGGAUACACUCCUCAAUACACAUUUAAUAGCCUUAUUGCGACACCGUCUCCAACAUGGCUUUACGUGGACGGGGGCCGAGCUAUUCCUGAAAAAUAGUCAAGGUAGAAUCCCGGAUUCCGAAGACGUAGCACGAGGAGUGUACUUUGUUCCAGAACCUUGGAAUGCCGCAACUUCACUGUUCCUGCGAGCAGACCAUAUUUCCGAAGGAAGAACUCCACUAUCACUUCCUCUGUCUGCAAUCCAAUUCACCCUUCGGAGGUUUGUUAGGUGCACCGAGUUCUGUCUCAAUUGUUUUUGCAAGGUCGAAGCGGACUUCGAGGCCCUUAUGCCCUAUGUCUGCUCAAAUAGCUUGUGUCUGUACCAGUACAUGAGACUUGGUAUGGGGCCUAGCCUCGAGUGGGAGAUAAUAUCCCAGCCGUACGUCGUCGAUAUGCUUGUCAGUUUUACUUAUGCUCGUGCCAUGGCUGGCUACCUGGAAGACUUCCCUACAGGUAUUGGAAUGAAUGUCCCUUAUUACGCCGAUACAAUCACUCAGCGGGUUCACCAUGGACGGCUCAACCAAUCUACCAUGAUACUCGAUGCCCGUGGUACACCGGAUUUAAGAGUCGGCGAUUGGAUUCUGAUUGUGCCUUCUGGUGCACAGAUUCACCAUGGUCAGCUCCAGUGGCAUUGUCGCGUACAGGACGCCGAUUUCCCGUCUACCAUUCGUCUAUCGCCUCCGGUUAUUAGAGGGGCACCGGAUGGACAGGGCAUUAGUUUGGAACGCAGCGAUGCAGUACAAUUUGUGCGGUACAACGGAUGCUUCGACGACUUGCCUGAUAGGGCAAAAUGUGAUUCCAUAGUAAUGCUUCUGGAUACGCUUCCCAACAUUAACUCAAUGCGAUCAUUCAUUUCGAGCCACCCAAACAGCAGUUGUAAGAGGACGUUGUCGUCGUGGUGCGAUAGAAUAUCUCCAGCUGCUCUCUAUGCCCUUCGGUGGAUUGUUGCAUCAAACAGGUCAUGUAUCAGGUAUGAGGACGAUCCUGAACACCAAAUUCCACACUUGGAUGGAUAUGCCCAGUUCAGGCUCGCGCAAGGAGCACCGGAUAAGGAGCAGCGCUUUGUUAGCGCCGUUAAGUCACUUUCUUCCCCCCAUAAUCCAGAGUACCCUACAAUAUUCGCUUGGCAUGGAAGCCCGCUGUCCAACUGGCAUAGCAUCUUACGCGAAGGGUUCCACUUCAGAACAAUCGCGCAUGGCCGUAGUACGGGAGAUGGGGUUUAUAUGUCGCGGCACUUUUGGCGUUCACUGACAUAUGCAAGAUCCAACCAUGUGAACAACGCGUGGCCCAAUAGCACUCUGAAGAUCGACAGAGCCCUUUCACUGAAUGAAAUAGUCAACGCUCCCGAGCAAUUCGUAUUCAAUAGCGGGCAAUACGUGGUAGACAGACUGGACUGGAUUCAGCCCAGGUAUCUCAUUGUUGGGUGUAAAAGUGCUUCUCUGAUUAUGGGCGACACGGGAUUAGAGCCAUCAAUUACAUAUACCCAGCAGCCUGACUAUGAGGCCUCUGGACCCACCGGUAGGGCUCUGACACUCCCUAUCUCUGCUGUCAGCAGUCAUUGGAGCCAGCAGCAUGCAGAAAUGACACCGAGAAAUACACGUGAAGGGCAGGUUUCACAUGAUGUGACCCCAGUGUCUGAUGAUGACCCCGACAGUGUCGCCACAUUCACUGACGAUGACUGGUUGCUCGAGACAGAUGGGAUAGACAGUACCGAUACCCACGACGAGACAGCGAAAGAUGUUUUCUAUGAUUUGUCCAAAACUGACUUUCGACCCGGAAAGCUGGAGGAGUCGACUCUGCAGCUACUUGGCCCGCCGAAGUAUGCUACGACGAUGGCUACCAAGUCUCUUCAACGGCAUCUCCAGGCCACAUUGAAAGUGCAACAACGGGCGGCUUUGUAUGACCUAGGCUGGCAUAUUGAUCCAAAUCUCGUUAACAACGUUUACCAGUGGAUUGUGCAACUACACAGCUUCGACCCAUCCCUGCCGCUGGCGCAGGACCUGGAAAUGGCGGGUCUGACAUCCAUUAUCAUGGAGUUGCGGUUUCCGCCUCAGUUUCCAAUGUCACCCCCUUUUGUGCGCAUUAUUCGCCCACGAUUUCUGCCGUUUAGCCAGGGGGGUGGAGGUCAUGUUACGGCUGGAGGGGCGAUGUGCAUGGAGCUACUGACGAGCUCAGGUUGGUCUCCUGUAUCCAGUAUUGAAAGUGUCUUGCUGCAAGUUCGCAUGGCUCUCAGCAGUACGGAUCCAGUACCGGCUCGUCUCGAUCAACGGCGGACGGAGGACUAUUCCGUCGGCGAGGCUGUGGCGGCGUAUACGAGAGUGUGUCAAUUGCAUGGUUGGAAAGUUCCUGACGACCUCAAACAAGUCUCAUGGUAG